CCAUAAAAGAUCGUAAAUAACAAAAAAAUACACAACGUAAUUGAGCGGACUCCAAUUCACUGCUCCUUUUAUCCACACCAUAGCUCACCACGUCACACCCUUAUUUUUCUUUCUUUCAAUCGCAUUUCCUUUAACAUCACCAAAGCAACAAUCUAGCUUUAAACAAUGGCUUCCUUGACCAUGUUGUCUUUCAGUUUGAAGUUAUGCCCUCUGCAAUCUCCUCCAACAGCUCGACUCUCUUAUGGGUCUGCUCAGCUUUCGCCUUUUAACAAUUUGAACAACUCCUUAAGACUCGGUUCAAGUCAUAACAUUUCUGGGUCUCAUUCAAUUUUCUAUCAAAAAUCAUCUUCUAUCGCUACUCUCACUCAAAAGUUUCAAUCUCUUACUGUUUUUGCUGCUAAGGGCUACAAAAUGAAGACCCAUAAGGCAUCGGCAAAAAGAUUCAGGGUCACAGGUAAAGGGAAAAUAAUGAGGAGGAGAGCUGGGAAGCAGCAUUUACUGGCCAAGAAAAACACCAAGAGGAAAUUGAGACUUUCCAAAAUGCACCCAGUCAGCCGGAGCGACUAUGACAAUGUGAUCGGUGCCUUGCCAUAUUUAAAAGUAAAUAGAAAAGCAAAGUAGUGGUGAUAUUUAUGUUCGCGGGCAGACUCACAAGUGGAUUUUUUGAUUUCUUGUAUGCAAAAGACAAGUGCUCUUGAUAACCUUAUUCUUCAAAUGUACAAUCUUGUCAAGUUCCUUUGAAAUUCUUAUAUUUCUUUAUCA